AAAAAGGCCUCUGAAAGUCUGAAGUCUAAAUUACUGUCGACUGAUGUCUGAUACUUUGAUUACAGAAUCUGUGAUACGAUCUGAAUUCUAUGCUUUAAUUUCAAAGUUUCUGAUGAUUUUUGAAGCGACCGGUAAUAGGCCAACAGGGUAGAUGACUCGAGAUGUGAGGUUACGAUAUUUGAUGCGACUUGAUGUAAUGAAUGCUGGAUGACCGAGGUGGAGAGAGGUGUGCAAGAAUAUUAUAUUCAACAACUCGAAAGAUAUUAAAGUGAAUUAAAUUUAUUUAAACUUGUAAAAAUUUGACACAGAAAAAGAUCAUACAUUUAUUGAUACAGUGUUGUGUAAGCGACGGAGCGCGGAAUUGGUUGUUCUUUGCCCUUUUAUAGACAUGAUAUGCCUGAUUAUAUUUUAUAACCUUUAAAAUUUGUAAUGCAUACAUGUAAUAAUGAUAUUGUUUCAGGAUAUUAUGAUUAUGAAUCAAAUAAGUAUAUAAGUAAUAAUCGCCAUUAUCAUUUAUCUGGAUUAUUGGAGAUUGAACUAUGGCAAAUGAAGUGCGGCACCUUCCACCAUGGAUGACAGAAGCGGUUAUAAAUAAAACAAAAGAGUUUGUGCAGUUUAAAGGAGAAAUUAAACAGUGCUUAUAUCCAAAUAUUUUGUCAUCGUAUGCAGAGGAAAUUUUGACCAAGAUUGAGUCUAGCAAGAUACAUGAAGUUGUGUAUGGUUUUGAUAUGGAAUGGCCAGUAACUUUUAACAGAAAAUCAAAAAAAACUGCUCUUAUACAAAUUUGCACUGACCAUUCCACAUGUUAUUUAUUCCAUGUAUAUCAUAUCAUAAAACUUCCAUCAAUAUUUGUAAGCCUCAUUAAUCAUCCAAGAGUUAGAUGGUCUGGUGUAUAUAUUAAAAAUGAUUUUUUAAAACUUGGAAGAGAUUUCAACAUUGAUGUUAGUGGUGCUUUAAGUCAUAUUAUCGAUUUAGGUACUUAUACGAAUAAAGUUUUUGAUUUUGAUUCGUCUAUUAUCUGGAGUAUGGCCAAUUUGGUUCAACGAUUAAUUAAAAAAGAUGUUAAUAAAGACGUAAAUAUUCGUAUGAGCAGUUGGGAUAAUACAAAUUUAGAUCAAAAUCAACGUAUGUAUGCAGCAACUGAUGCUUAUAUAUCCUUAAUAUUGUUUGAACAUCUAAAGAGAUUUGAUACAAAAGAUGAACUCCAGAUUAAUUAAACUUUUAAAAUUAGGGCAAAUGAAUUACGAUUCAUGUCUUAAAUUACAAAACCAUUUAUCAGAAUCUU